UUUGCAUAGCGUUUAAAUUUUUCAUAGUCAUUCAUUUGUUAAGCACAAUAUUAUAUCAAAUAUACAUUCGGUAGAACUUUAUAUUUCAAAACAUUUUAAAGUCAAAAUAAAGUUAGUUUAUUUUUACAUAUUUACAUUAUAAAUGAAUAUUCAAUUUAUUCACUGUUAGUGUAACAUUUGAAUGGUUGAAUUUAAGAUGGAUUUUAAAUUGGAAUGUUAACAAAGACACAAACAUUCCAAACAUUAGCUUUUUUAUGUGCCUUGCUCAUUUUUGUUCUUAUCAAUUUAUGUCAGUUCAAAGAUGGCAGCGAUAUUAUCUUCAAAGACGACACAAAUAAAACAAAAACUCCACAAAGGAAAUUAUUGUUAUUUAUUGCCAUUUUUAGCAGUCAUACCUACAAACAUCGAAGAGACAUGCUACGAAAGACCUGGUGUAAAUUAUGCAUGAAACAUCAACUUUGCGAAUAUAGGUUUAUUCUAGACGGAUUGGGACUUGAUAGGAAGCCUUUACCAUCCGCAGUACUUAAUCAGAUACGGAAUGAGUUAAGAUAUACAAAUGAUAUGGCUAUACUGGCAUCUCCUAUUGGUUUAAAUUUCGCGCUAAGAUUUUACAAGGCUUUAAAGUACGCUUCACAAGUUUUCGAGUUUGAAUAUUUUCUUCGUUUAGACGAUGACCAAUACCUUUGUCUCGAUAGGUUAAUGUAUGAACUUCCAUCCAGACCUCGUGAGUCUUUAUUUUGGGGCUAUGCACACUGUACACCAAUCCCGCGAAUAGAUGAAGCGUUUAUUAUAUUAACAAAUGACGUGGUUUUUAAAAUAUUAACCAAUGAAAACAUACAUUGCUCACCAUUUGGAACUGAGGCUAUAUCAUCAUGGAUAUAUAAUUUAUCAGACGAAGGACCUCUGGUCACAUGGUAUACUGACAACUUCAGGAUAAUGCAUACACCGCCAUUUGAACGAAGUGCUCAUUUACGUCAAGUUAAUAUUUGUCAUGCAUUUAUUUCGUUACAUGGAAUUUGGCGCGAAAAUAUAAUGGUCCCUUUACACGAGAGAAUAAUUAGAGAAAAUACAGAAGAUUACGAAAUACCUGAUAUACAUCACUUGUGCCCAGCAAAUAACAAACGUAUUUCACUUGAUGAACUAGACAAACACGGCAAAGUACAGCGGUGUAUAGACGCACCUGUAUAUAAACACAAUAACGGGAAACCUUACAUCGGACGUGAGGCAGCAACGUAGUCAAAAAAAUUUCGCAAUCCAAGUGCGAUACAUCAAAAUAAAAAAUCGCGAAUGAAUAAAUAAAUAAUGCUAUCUCGGGCUUACCAUUUUACAAGAGUUACAACAUUUUUUUUAAAAUUUUUAAUCGAACUUUUUUUAAGAGGUUGUCUUUUAAGCCGUAAAUUUAUUUUACGUAAAUCACCAACGUAAUAUAUUAUAUACAUAUGCUAAAACUUUGAAGACAAGAUAGACAAAACAGAUGUUACGUCAAACUGGAAUUUUAUCAUUUUUGUCCAACAUGCAUUUUCUCGCAGGAAACUUUGCAAAUGAGGGAUGCAAGUAAUUUCUUCAUUCAUGGCCCAAAACGUGUUUUUGUUCAAAAACAUAUCUAACAAAAACACAUUGUGUCGUACUAUAAAAUGUAUUACUCGUAUUGUCGAAUAAAAUUUGUUUCUUUUGAUCUAACGAAGCAAAGAAAAAUUAUGUUUUUUACUUUGUCAACAUUUUUGCAGGAUAAGAUCGUCAGUUUACAUGUACAUACAUAAAACGAACUGCUAUCAAUGACCGUCCUGUAAUAUAACCCUGUAGCUUUUAUCUUGUUUUUUCUGUGUUAAAUUGCGCUCAAUUUUUGCAACAAAACGACAAAACGAUAGAUCUCUGCAUUUUGUUCAUUUUUCAAAAUAAAAACUCAAAAUAUUCACUACUUGUCGCCGACAAUCUUUCGUUGUUAAAGCGGAUUUUUAUCCACAUUUUUUUUCAUUUAAAGCAAUUCAUGUUGCAAAUCCAUGUUAAACUCUUACAGCGGUGGGCUCCUUCCUGUAUAAGGUACUUUUUAUCAAUUAACUUUCUGCAUUUAACAUUUAAUGAAGGCGCAGUCAAAAAAAGCUUAGAAAAAACCCCCAGAAAAAGCUACAAAGAAAAAGUACUUCUACCAAACAGAAUAAAAAACCUAACACGCUGAAAAAUUUAGAGGAGUCAAAUGAAACCUUUUAAGUGCUAAUCCACGGUGCCUGUUGCGAAAUUCUAAAAGGUGUCAAAAUUUGACCUUUAAAGGUGUCAUUAAAAGGAGUCCAAUUUGACGCCUCUAAAGGUCAGGUCAGUCAGAAAAGCAUAAACAUAGCUGAUCAGCUGGAUGCAGGCUUUAACCAGUAUCUUAAAAAGCAUGUACUUACACAACAUGUAAUAAGACAUUCAAAAUGUCUACCAUUAUUGAUGAUUGUCAAUCAAACAUGGUGCCAUGGAUACAACUUUACGUUUUAGUCAUCAAGGGAAUGGAUCACGAAGUGUACGAGGGAGCCCCCAUAUAUUUAGUUUGUUCGUGACAACAUGAAAAAAUCUUUCAUACGGGUA